CCAUUUCCUCCUCCUCUCACCGCCAUAAUUCUCUCUCUAGAUUACCAGGAAGAUUAGAGGAGGACUACUUCCUUAAUCAUCUUCAGUACAGAACAUUCAAAAUAUACAGAUAAGGAUGUCGUCAUCGCUGAUGUCAGCAAAUCCAGUUGUAAAUUCCGAUAGAUCGAGAAGAAGGAAGAAGAAGAAAAUCCAGAGCCACGGUUUGGGAGAAAAUUCAAACUAUAACCACCAGUGUCAAAAUUCAUCGAUUGAAUGGAAAUCGGACGCUCAGCAGCAAAUCUACUCGUCGAAGCUGCUUCAGGCGCUUCGCCAGGUCCGACUCAGCAGCGACUCGCCGGGUCCGAAGCGAGUGCACGAAGCCGCGGACAGAGUCUUAGCCGCCGCUGCCAGAGGUCGGACGAGGUGGAGCCGAGCCAUACUCACGAACCGGCUUAAGCUGAAGUUUAUGAAAAAGAACAACAUCGUCAAACGGCAGAACAAGGUGAUGACGGUGAUCACCGGCGGAAGCAGCAGCAGCAGCCGGCAGCAGAAGAAAUCGAAGGUGAGGAUUUUGGGUUUGAGAUCCAAGUCUCUGCCGGCGGUUCAGCGCAAGGCGCGCGUUUUGAGCAGGCUGGUUCCCGGCUGCCGGAAAGAGUCGUUGCCGGUGGUUUUGGAGGAGGCAACCGAUUAUAUAGCCGCGCUUGAAAUGCAGGUAAGAGCAAUGAGUGCCUUGGCGGAGCUACUCUCUCUCUCCGGCUCUUCUUCCACCGCACGUGGUGGCGCCGGUCAUAAUCAGUUCAGUUCAAGUUGAAGCCAACCUCCGACGACCGCUAAUUUCGAUUUUCCGUUUUAUUAUAUUUUUAUUUUUCUUAAGUGUUAUUAUUAUUAUUAUCCAGCACCCUAAUUAUAUAUGAAUAUUCUAAUGUGAAAAAAUAGGAGAGAUUGUGAUAAUGUUUGAUACUUGGAAAUGUAAUAUUAUUAUUAUAAAAUAAUUUGGGAAGUGGGGAAAAAAUUAGAGGAUUGAGGAAGGGAGAUAAUGUGGGUUAGGUGCAAGGUAUCGAGGUCACAAUCUUCUUUAUUCACGUGGAAACGGGGUCCGUUACGCAUAAUUGAGUUUCGAAUCUUUUUUCACUCAACAACAAUAAUAAUUCAUUAUUAUUCAAAGGGGGAUUAAUUAGCAGCCAACGGGGUUGAUAUUGCUUUUGAGUUUGAUAAUAAUUAUUCAGCCCCUUCACUAUGGUUGAAUUGAACUGUUACACAUUUUGUAUCCUUAUUGUGGCUACUUUUAUUUUGAUUUAUUAUGCUUCGAAAGUAGGUAUCUUAUUCAAGAAAAUGGGGUGUCUCCCUUUGUUU